CGGUUUUGCGUGACACGCUCGCUUCGUGUAUUGCGUUUGAGAGUGGCGAGAAUCGAGGGAGCGGGCGAAGUGACGGACGCGUGAUUAUCGCGUAAUUAACCCGCGUGAGGUCCGCGAUUAUCAAGAUUUUCCCAAUUAACGUUGAUUGACGCGUGCACGAGGGGAAGCACGAUUCUUCUCCAGAAGAGAUAUGCGCGCGCGCGCGCGCAUAUCUCGCGUUGUCAAAAUCGCGGAUUAAUUAACGUUGGUGCGAGAAAGUGUGUUGGUUCGAAAGUGUCGAAAAGUGACGCGAGUGACAGCAAUUUAUGAAUUAAUUCGCAAUUAAUCGAAAGAUCUUCCUGAGGAUUUCUUGCAGAGGAAUAGGCAACGGCAAACGGACAGCAAAACACAACCUCCUCGCGCGGAUGAGUGAGCGGCAGUUUGCACUUUCACGCGAGAUGCGCCUCUUCAAACGUUCCACGGCCGAUACGAGCCCGCAGCUUGUCUCGGCCGUGUCUAUCUCUCAGGAUAUCGCCGUCGCGAGUAAUAAAGUCGAAAGCAAUGCGUCUGAGAGAGCGGAGAAAAAAUCGAAGACAGACGACGACAGACUGGAAGAUGCUCCUUCGGCCAAAGAUGUUGACGCGCAAAAAGAAUCGUCGAUGGAUUCCUCUAUUCUGACUCGUAAAGGUAUUUCAACGUGGGGACGAAAAAUGGGUCGACGAUGGGAUCAGAUGAAGAGGUCGAACAGCUCCGAGUUACUUUCGGUGUCACGACGGCGACGACGCUGGAGCCCGCAUCGGAAAAGCGGUUGCGACGAGGCCGCGAUCGAGAAAGAAAAUGGUAACAGUGAGUCCCUCAGACCAAAAAGAAUUCCUAGAGUGGAAUCGUUGAGGAAUCUCUUCAGAACCAGCGGCGAUCACUCUCUUAACAGCAAAAGUACCGCGAGAAGCGCGACGAUACAGGAGGAGGACGUCGUAAGCGUGAGCCCCAUGGAGAAGACUCUCAGUGACGGAGCUCUCAGAAAAAUACAGUUUCGCGGUGUAAGUUCCAGUAUUUUGGACGAUCGCGAAUUCGCUCAAACCGAUCGGGAGAUGUUUCUUCGUCAGAAGAAAUUACAGCUGAGUCGCAGCAUUCAGGAUCUGCAGGAACAGCAGCGAGUUUUGGAUUACAUAUUGAAAAAUCGUGAGAUUCUGCAUACACGGCAGGGUAGAACGCUCGCGAAGGACACGUUGGAGAACGUUGGAACGAAUGCGAAUUGUUCCAACGAUCGCGCGAAAGAAACGAAGACCGGUCCGUCGUCAACGUCCGGUCAGCAUCAGUCAUCUUCUCCCAGUAACGACAAUGUUAAGAGAAAUUCUUCCGCCAAUGUGCUGACUGGUCUCGAGGAUCUGCUGAGCAAUCUGCGUAUAGGUUGCGACGAAAGUGGUUACGAUUCGGACAGCACGCGAACCGGCGCCGAUUCGCCGGACAGUGAAAAAUGUGUGGCGCCUUCGUUAUUGAAACCGCGCAGUUUCUCCGUGACGUCGGAUGAUUAUCGCGGUAUCGGUUUGUCGCUUGGCGAUGCGUCGCGGAAAAAGGACGUGACGAUUCAGCCGACGUGCUCGUCAGAAACGACCGACGCUUCGAAAAGUGAGAAGGUCAACGGCACCAACGUCGCUGUCGAUAACGCGACGAGCAACACUUUUCUUGACGACUCGGUCGCAACCACAUCAACCGCGUUAAUAUCGGACGAGGACAAUGACACGGAUAGUUGCGACGAAGAUACUUUCGCCGAUUUUCUGGAAUAUCAAUCGGAUUUGACGAGAAUUUAUCCCAAGACGGAAGCGGAACUCUAUCCGAAGAGUCGCGGGGUCGGAAGAAAGACUUCCGCUCUGCUCGACGAAGAUUUUACGAAACUUCAAAUGACGGAUAAUAAUGAUCUCGAUUUUACUCUGACGCGAUGUGACGAUGAUGCUGAUGCUGCGUGCGACGUCAAUGACGUCAAAAUAAAUGUUGACUCGGACGAGAGACAAUCUUGUGCAACAACCGAAAAUCACGUUGACGUACCUCAAGCGGUUAAGACACAGAAUAUGUUCAAGGACAAGAAGUGGAGGAAUCGUAAGUGUUCCAGCCCGAGUUUGAUGCAUCUCUUAGAGCACGCCGCGUCUCCUUGUAAGGAUAGUCCACCGGCUAGCAAGAUCCAUUCCUCGUGCGCGACGAAUCGUGUGCAGUACUACAGUCCAAAGAGAUCGCGCUCUACUCUGGAACUCGAUGCGUCUGAUAUGAUGAGAAAUGUGGCGAAGAAAGUGCUUACGACGAGCAUUAGCGGACCGUCACUACCUACCGUUUCCACUUCCAGGAUCGUAACCGCCAACAACAAAUUUCCGAUACGACGCGAAUUGAAAACGAUGAAACUCACAGUGAGCCGCACAGUGGGUCUCGGUAUAGCUCUCGAGCGAUGCGAAGCGGCCAGGCCGUUCUAUGUGAUCGCCAGGUUGGAUCCUGACGGCGAGGCGGCCAAAUCGAAGCAGUUUCGCAUCGGUGACGAGAUCGUGCGAGUAUGCGGACGUAGAAUACGCGGCAUGUCGAUAGCAGAAGCGCGAAACGCCCUGCGAAGUUGCGUUGGUACGGUCGAGCUGCAGAUCGCGCGAGAACCGAAUUCGGCUUUCGGCGAGGAGAUCGGCGAUACUUGGGGUAAUACUGUAGGGCGAACACGAAGCGAUGACGCGUGGAUCUUGAAGAAAGGAAGCACCGAACAUUCAGUCUUCGCUGACGAUGCUUCAUCGCCGACAAAAACUGGCGGAUCGUGUGCCACUGACGAGACGACCGCUAAUCUUCAGAAGAUGACGGGAAUGAAGAAGUUUCAGGUGGUGAGAAAACGUAGCGCCGAAGCUCCCGUCGUACGACGAGGAUCUAGUUUGUCCAUGGAUCUGCUUACGAUCGUACUGGAAAAGGGUGCGCCGAAGAAAUUGGGUUUCUCCAUCGUCGGUGGUGUCGAUAGCAAUAAGGGCCGCAUGGGAAUCUUCGUGAAGGACAUUAUGCCCGGUGGGCAAGCCGCGGAAGAAGGUACUCUGAGAGCGGGAGACGAAAUUUUAGCCAUCAACGGUUCCUCAUUGGACGGUCUAACACACGGAAAGGCGUUGCAGAUGUUCAAGACCGCAAAAGCUGGAAACUUGGUACUUCACGUCGCCAGAAAGGAUCCAGCGCAUAAACGGUUGUGCUGCAAAUCAUACGAUUUAGAAUACUAUACUUAUAAAUAUUAACACGGUACGUUACACAAUCAAAAUCGUACGAUUGUCUCGACAAAUUAACAAAGUCCGCUGAUGAAUAAAAUAUUAUCUUUAAAAGACUCUUCGUUGCCGAGAACAGCUUUGAAUUAGUUUGAGAAAGAUAUGAUACCUUUUUACAAAGUAUGACUUUGGUUUGAAACUCCCGGAUCAAUUUCUCAUAAUUCUGCUAACAUCUCACAAAUAUUAUACGUACUUUCAAUGACUCUUUAAGUACACAAAGUGUAUUCGUGGAUGGUGAAUGAACCAUGGUUGAUAAAAUGUGUAACAAUUAAUAUUUUUUUGCUACUGAAUAAUGUAAAAUUAUUAUAAUUUUCUCUUUUUUCUGAUUUAAUUUUUUUUUUUUUUUUCACGAACAUGUUAUUUCUUGUCAUGUUUCACGAACACGCAACAUAUUAAUUCUUUGCACUCGAGACGAUUUCGGCUAUAUCAGAGAAGCAUUUUACAGGUACUUUAAAAUCAUUUAUACUCAGACAAACAUAUAAAAAUAUAAUAAAAUUUCAUUAAUUUAUUUAUUUUUAUAAUUUAUUUUGAAUACAACAAAAGUAGACGCCGCUCGAGUAGACGCUUCAAAUCGGCGGGGCGCCGCAGCGGCGCCGCUCGAGUGCAAAGGAUUAAAAUUCUCUAAAAACCAUCUCAGAAGUAAAGAAUGUAGUUCGCACGUAUUUAAUUAUUUACGCUUUUAUAUAUUUCGAAUUUAACAUAUAUGUUCCAGAAAACAGAGAAAGAUAACGAUACACUUUGAAAAGUACUGUUGGAAUUACAUACAUUACUGCCAAACGCAUCUGUGCCUUUUUUCGUUUUGUUUGGAAUUCGCUAUCUCGCGUAUAAACGUUAUAUUCAAACGUUAAAGAAAUGUUGUAAGUGAGAAACUAAGAUGUGUAAUUGCUUAGCGACAUGAUUUGCGCAUCCUUAAGGCUUCUGGGUAUUUCUGCAGCUUCUAUGUUUAAAUUAUAUGAUGUUAGUGGUGAGAGAUUAUGUGAAUUUUUGUUUUCUGUAACUUAUAUCAAAAUAAAGUAGGUUUUUUUUUUUUUACACCCCACCAGUGUUCGAAAGUUUAAAUUGGUGAAACUGAAAAUUUCUUUUUCGGUUUACAAGUUAGUAUUGAAUGAGUGCAAAAGUUUUGAUGGAUUUUAUGAUAGAAAAAUGGAACGAAUAAUUUUAUUCAAAACGAUUUAUUUGUUUUACCGGUGCAACAUUAAAAGAUAUAAACAAGUGGAUUACCAGAUUACUUGGUAGAGUGAAUAAAUCGUUUUUCAUAAAAUUACUUGUUCCAUUUUUCCAUCACGAAAUUUUUUAAAACAUUUGCACUCAACAAUAAAUAUCUAAAAAUCUUCAAUCUCAAAUAAGGUCUAUUGUCACCGAAAACAGACGUUAAACGUAUAAAUUGAAUUACACACGCAAUUAUAUAUAUACGCAUAUAUAUAUAUAUAUCGAUACAGAAAAAAGAAAUAA